CCUCACUGACACUUGCAGCCAUCUACUGAUCAAGUGCGUCUCUGCUGGAAGCGCUUUGUGUCGUCAAGCAGUCUGCCUACAUUGAUGCACUCUCCUGGCUCUUGUUAUGCCUUCUCUCAUCAUGCGCAAGCUUUCUCUACUUGUACUUACAUGCUCUGCAUACUCAUCAGCACGUCAAGCAAGCGCCUUUUGCCUCCUCACUGAGGUAUUUCCUUGCGCUGGCAACUGUGAUUUGAUGGCUUGCCCCUCAAUUCAGUCUCGUCCUUUGACGCCCACCUCAACCUCUGACUCUGAAUCUACUCUUGCUCUUGCGCCCCCCAAUGAGUCGUCUGUUGUGUCUCUCACUCAAAAUCAGCUCGAUGUCCAUUGCUACCAUCAUUCACAUCCUGCACUAGCACGACGGCCGCUAUAACAUCACAAGCACUACAAGUAUCAAUGCCUUGCUGCACACUAUUCCUGAUCUUCCUUAACCGUGUGAAGAGCCAAGCCAUGGUAGAUCCUCAUCGCCUGAUAU